AUGCCAAUGCAGCACUCCUUGGACAUGGAGUUGAUCACCGCUGCAGCUAGGUAUGCAGAUGAGAAUAGAUCUCGCCGUAACAUCCAUACCAACCCAGAGGGCGUGAUCGGUCAUGCGCGUACGGAUAGCAGUAUCUCUCCUGACGUCCCAACUCCACCAACUGGCACAGCCGCAGGAACCGGUGCGGCAGCUACGGAAGCAGCUUCCCAUGGAACUGAAGCAGUAGUCGACGACGAGACUAAUACUGCAACUGGCAACCCCAAUGAUCCUGUCCUCCCCAACACUGCAAAGGCUCCUGCUACUGACGCCGCUCAGAAUCACCAGUGA